CUAAGCAAAAAAGUUUAUUUUCAUACGUACUUGAUUAUAAUAUAACCAAAGGAAAUACAAACGAUUCAGUAGGUUUAUAAUUCAAACGUUAUAGUAGUAUAGACUAAUGUCAAGUUUGAUUAAGUUUUUAGCAAUUUAAAUUACCUUUUUACUAGACUUUGACUUUGGCCUUUGGCUUGGUUUCAGAUUUACGAGUAGUUUUACUCCAAUUUUUUUUUUGUUUUUAAAGAUUGAAAAUUAUUGAAAAAGUGAAGUUAUAAUUAAAAAAGGGUAGUCCGACAUAAUUGAUGGUACAGCCAUUGGCCUUGGGCCUUAUAAAUGUUUGAGGUAAGCCUACUCAUAGCCAGGGCACUAGUGGUGCAAGUGCAGGUCUGAGCCUUGAGUUAAGGUCUGAUGAGGCUUCUUAGUGCUGGUGCACAUGAUGUGACAAGGGUAAAAAAUAAAUCUAAUUUCAUUCCUGGCCAAUGCCAAUAGGCAUAGGAAAUACUAUUAAUAUUUUCUCUUUAUAUCUUUAUCCAACAGGACCAGUUAAUGAAAAUUGUGAAAACGCCUGACAGGAUGGAGAAACCAUUUCUCUUGAUUGUUGUGACCCUGAGAUAUAAUUUACCAAUAAUUUAAUUAAACUUCCCACCGACUUUCAUAACUUUUGCCUUUAUUUAGUUAAAGCUGCUUCAUUAUAAUGAUAUUAUAAAGAAUUAAGUGUAAUGUCUUUGUGUGGCGAAGACAUGACAACACAAGCACCACUUGCUUUAAGUGUUCAGCAGGAGGUUCAACUUCGUUUUCUUGGACCUGCUGAUGUUAGUGAGGUUAAAAAGCUAUGCAGGGAAUGGUUUCCUAUAGAGUAAGUUCAACUUCAAUAUUUAUUAUUUUAAAUUUAUUGUAACCUUAUUGAUGGUUGUGAGGUCUCAAUCUGUGACUGAAUGUUCUAUUUCCAGAUCAUCUAAUGUUGAAAUGACAAUCACUGGUGUUAUUAAAUGUACGAUACCUAUAAAAUCAAUCUGAAUAAUUAUAUACCUUUAUUUCUAGGAGGAAAAGUAUAAAAAGACAAAAAUUAAUUAAUAUUUAACUUUUCAUUGUCCUAAAAAAAUAAUACCAAUAUUCCUCCACUGAUACACCAAGCUUUGACAGCUCAAUGUGAUUUUAUUUAAUGUUCAAAUCGAUGCAGAUUAUGUUGUUAGUAAAGCUUAUUAUUAACACAAACCAAAUGCAACUUUGUAUGCAGGUAUCCCGACUCUUGGUAUGAAGAGAUAACAUCCAAUUCACGAUUCUAUUCUCUUGCUGCCACUUACCAUGGACUCAUCAUUGGUCUCAUAGUAGCAGAGCUUAAACCCCAAGGGAAACUUAACAAAGAGGUGAGAUUCAGUAUAGUGUGUAAUUAUAUACAUUUGAUUUUCCUACCGUUUGUUAACUAGCUACAAAUUGGUAUUAUUAUUUUUUUUAUUUAUUAGCCACAAUCAAAUUGAUUAACCAAUUUAAAAUAAGUUAUUUAACCUCAUGUCUUAUUUCAGGAUGGUGACUUACUCGCCAGUUACUAUCCACCUUCAGCUCAGGUGGCUUAUAUACUAAGCUUGGGAGUAGUUGGAGAUUUCCGUCGAAAUGGAAUCGGUAUGCUCCAUUUUUUUUAAAUUUCUUUUUUCCUCCAAGUAUCCAGGAAGCCUUAAUUUUUUUUUUAGUUCAGCUCUCUAUUACAUAGUGCAGUGAACCUAUGCCAGUAGUUUUUGUUAAAAAUGUUUGGAUACUUAACUAAAGAUUGUAAAUGCUUUACAACUGACUAGACAGCCAAUUUCUGAAAAACCAUAUAUAUAUAUAUAUAUAUAUAUAUAUAUAUAAUACAUAUGAGAAACCAAACAAGUAAGUUGUUGCUUGAGAUAAGAAAAAUAUAAAUUUUCUUUAAAAGUUAGGAAACUGUUUGAAACGAAUUAAACUACCUUUGUUAUUUAAAUGCUGGUACUUUAUAUUAUACGACCCGCCAAAUUUGUAUAGAAUUAUUUUAAUUUUAAUAAUUUUUUCAUAUAUCUGAAGGUGUUAAGGAUGAUUAUAUUGUUUUUCAGUUGAGUUUUUUCUUUUUUUUACUUAAUAAUAAACCACAACUAUUACCUUGACGCUAUACCGUUACUAAUUUCAUUAAUAGAAAUGAGUGUCAUAAUUUAUUUUCUAUUUUCCCACCAGCUUCACUGCUUCUUGAUAGUCUACUUUCAUACCUCACCUCUAAAGAUCGUUUUGACUGUAAAGCUGUCUACCUUCACGUUCUCUCCACAAACACUGUGGCUCUCAGGUUUUAUGAGAGGCGCAGGUUCAGACGACACCUUUUCCUACCUUACUACUAUGCUAUUCAGGGAAAGGCAAGGGAUGGCUACUCUUAUGUUUUAUAUAUUAAUGGGGGUGAGCCUCCUUGGUCAAUUUUAUAUCCUUUCGUAGCCUGUGGAUUUAGUACCUGUUUGAAAGUGUUAAAGAAAUGCACAGAUUAUGCCUUGAAGAAACUGUGCUUCUCAUGAUGUUAAAGUUCAGUUGCAUUUUCAUUAGAGUAGUUCAAAAUAAAUUUUUACAUAAUUAAUUUAUUUACUUUUUUGGUUUAUUUGUUGAAAUUAAUUUUCCUUUCUAGAUGUGAUUAAUGUGAACAUUUUUUUCUUGUGUGUAGAUGGUUUAAAUUUUUAAUUUAUCCAUUGUUGCAUUACACCUUUACACUGGAACUUUUCAUGUGAUUCAGAGGUUCAUAGGUUAAUUUAAAAUUUUUUUGCUUUAAGCACUAUGUUAUUGCUUGUUAAAAAAUGUAUGUCAUUUAAUGUACUGUACCAGUAUUUAACAUGUUUUCUUGGUAGAAAUAGAAGUUAAAGUGUGUUAAAACCACAAUAUUUGUUAUAUUUACAUUUUCCUUAACUGUGUCACUGAUUACCUCACACACUGCAGUGCUGUCGUCACCAAACUACAACCCUGUGCACUUCCUCGUCAAGUAUACAGUGCUGUAAGAAAUAUUGUCCAGCGCUUGCUA